GAGAUCACAGAUUUGAUAACGAAUGCCGAAACGAUUGUCAGCGACGACGAAUGACACCAAUGCGACCACAAAGCGGCCUCGAACCAUUCCACCCUCUAUAACACCCGCUUCCAUGCAAUACACUCUGUCACAUGCCACUGGCCACCUGAUUCACUACCCAUCGUUCUUUUCCCCCACCGCCUCUCCCACGCUUUUCACGUCUCUCCGCACAGUACUCCCCUGGAAAACGAUACCCAUAACUAUUUUCGGUCGGCAGAUUGACCAACCACGUCAAGUCUGUUUCAUAGCCGACAAUAAUACCUAUUACGCAUAUUCCGGCAGUGGUAAAAUGGGUACGAUGCUCCCGGACUGGCCCGAUGCUCUCAAAGAGAUUAAAGAGAAGGUAGAGGAGGUAGUAGGAGAGAAAUUUAACAGCGUAUUGUGCAAUCUAUAUCGGAAUGGGAGCGAUUACAUUGGGUUCCAUAGCGAUAAUGAAAAAUCGCUUGGACCGGCACCUACUAUUGCGAGUGUAUCGUUUGGCGCUUCGAGAAAGUUUGUUGUAAAGCCCAAUCCGGGGGGUCCAGCUCGUGAGGCGGGCAAAUUGGAACUCGUAUUAGCUGAUGGAUCGUUAGUGAUUAUGAAAGGAAUGAUGCAAAAGUACUGGAAACAUGCCGUUCCAAAAACAAGUCGGAAAGUUGGGGAAAGAAUUAAUUUGACAUUUAGAAAAGUGGUUUCUUAAUGAUGCUGCAGCUAUGCAGUCUUGUGAUAUUCUUUUGUAUUCGUCUAUACCUACGGUGUUGUCCAGUACAAGCUGUGGAUUAUAAUUUAUUGACCGCCGUGGCAUCCGCCCGUGGCCGCUUUCACCUCCC